AUGGCCGACUUUGGCACUCCAGAACAAAUGGCCAUGUCUAUGCAACAGAUGCAACAACAGAUGCAACAGAUGCAAGAGUUACAUCAAACAAUCGCAGCGCAGCAACUGGCUGCACAGCGGGAACCACCUGUCCCAAUUGGUGAGAGAAACCUACCGCGUAACAUCCCUGCUACGCGAUCUGCUAUCGCUCCACCACCAUGUCAAAGGGUAGAUUUCGAGAUAAAACCCGCCAUGAUCAAUCUUGUACAGAGAAAGAUGUUUCAUAGACUGUCAACUGAGAUACCGAUGGAACACAUUGAAGCUUUUGAAGAGAUAUGUAGUUUCACUCGCGCAAACGGCGUCCCACCCGACUACAUCAAAUGCAUGUUGUUCCCAUUCUCCUUAGCGAACAAGGCUUCACGAUGGCUUAAGUCAUUACCUACAGCCAAAACAGCUGCCCUACGGAACAAAAUUUCUUCCUUCAAGCAACUCGCUAGUGAACCUUUCAAAGAAGCUUGGGAACGGUUCAAUAAUACCCUCAGAGAGUGUCCUCAUCACGGGUUCGAUGAUGACAAUGUUCUAGGAAUCUUCUACGAUGGAGUGGAAUGGGAGUUCCGCAAUGCUCUGAACGCAGCGAGCAAUGGAGAUUUCAUGAUCUCAGUGAACAGCAUGGACACUAGGAAGAUUGAUGACCUCGCCGCUAAGGUCGAUUUGAUGCUCAAGAACAGUCAGAAUCAGAUCUAUGUCAUGGAAGAAACCAAUCUGGAACCAGGUACUACAGAUGCUGCAGCAGAAACCGAGACAUCGGAAGAAGAUCAGCAAGAGGCUGCUCCUGCAACCGCGAGCGGUCCGCCAGAUGAGCUUAAGGGAAUGAUGCAACAACUUCUGCAAGGUCAACAGAUUCAAGGGAAAGCACUGAACCAGGUUACAACCAAGAUAAACACUCGGAUGGACAACAUGUUCACGAAAUUGAAUUCCAAAUACGAUGCUGUAGCGAGCCACAUAAGGCAGAUGGACGUUCAGAUUGCUCAAACUGCUGAAACAAUAAAGAGGCAACAGGGAACACUCCCAGGGAAAACAGACAAGAAUCCCAAGGACUGUAACGCAGUCGAGCUGAGAAGUGGAAGACAUCUAUCAGAUCCUGUCCCCAAGAAGCUCACUGCUCAAGAGAAGGGAAAAUAG